GAGAUGGACGGAAGUGUUCGGCGUUAGCUGAAAGCCGGUGAUAUUUAAAGAUAUCUCUCUAAAAUGUCAGCAGUCAGAUAGGAGGAGGGAUGAGUGACUUUGGACCAGGAGAGCUGGUCGCAGGCCUCUGUCAUACAGACGAGGAGAAUCCUUUCCCUCUGUGGCAGAAUGGACACGUCAGCCUCUGUUUUAACCAGCUCGUCCUCGGAGCCCUGCCUCACGCUGGGAUGGCGGUUUUCAGUGCCUGCUACCUCAGCAUGGCAAGGUGCAGCCUCCUGCAGACGUCUCCUCCCUGUGGUUGGACGCUCCGGCUGGUGUCAGCUCUGCUGGCUGCGCUGCUCUUCACCGCAGACGUCGUCCUGGUGAGCGUCCUCCAGCAGGGGGACAUGUACCUGGAUCUUCUAACCGACAGCUGUGCCGUCCUGGCCUGGCUGGUCCACUUCACUGCCAUGACGGUGCUCCAGAAAUCUGCUUUCAGGAGAACCAGGGGACCUCCACUGCUGCUCCUGCUGGUCCUCCUGUCAGUCCCCAACCUUGUCAUCACCUUGAUGAUUUACUGUGAAACUGAAGGAUAUUUAAACCUCACAGAGCCUCUCAAACUGGCGCGGUUUGUCCUCGCCUCAGCCCGGACGCUGCCUCUUCUGGUUUACCUCCUUGCAUUUACAUUUCCCUGCAUCAGUGAUCCUGACUACACCUUAUAUAUUAACGCCGUGGACGGGUCCCCGCUCAUCCCACAGAGCACCCAGCCAGACACAGGUGAGAUGGUGGCCGAGGACGGGAGUGGCUGCUUCUCUCGACUCUUCUACCUGUGGCUGACUCCUCUCCUCAGACGAGGGCAGCGGGGGCAGCUGGACAGACCGGCUGAUGUUUAUCAUCUUCCUCGGAAACUUCGGACUAGUGUGGUUUGUCGAUACUUCCACCAGUGCUGGGAAGCCUGCAGACGAGGGACAGCGGUCAGUAACGGGCGGGAUCAGUGGCCCAGGCCGGUCAGCAGAAACCUCCUGAACGGCACCUGGAGCUCACACUACCUGGAGGAACCACUGGAGCUGGAGGGUGAUGUAGGGCUGCUGAGGGUGCUGCACAAGGCGUUUGGGUUGCGGUUCUACCUGCUGGGCGUGCUGAAGGUGGUGGUCAACAUGCUGAGCUUUACGGGUCCGCUGCUCCUCAGCAGUCUGGUGAACUUUAUAGAAGAAGAAGGGGCCCCUGUCAGCAGAGGUGCCUGGUGCGCUCUGGGGCUUUUCGCCACCACCCUUCUUACCUCUGUCCUCCGUAACAUCUACGUCUUCCAGGUCUCCAAGGUGGCGCUGUCAGCACGCGCCGCCCUCGUGUCGUCCAUCUACGGCAAAGCCCUGCGGGUCAGCGGCAGCAGCCUGGCCGGCUUCACCCUGGGAGAGGUGGUGAACUUAAUGAGCACGGACACCGACCGCGUGGUCAACUUCUUCAACAGUUUCCACGAGCUGUGGAGCCUGCCCUUCAGGUUUUCCAUCACCCUCUACCUGCUGUACCUGCAGGUGGGCGUGGCCUUCCUCGGAGGGCUGGUCGUGGCGCUGCUGCUGGUGCCACUCAACAAGUUCCUCGCUUCCCGUAUCCUUAGCAACAACAAAGACAUGCUGCGGCACAAAGACAGCCGCGUGAAGCUCAUGACCGAGAUCCUCUUCGGCAUUCGCGUCAUCAAGUUCUACAACUGGGAGUCUCACUUCACCCAGAAGGUCUCUGACUGCCGCCAGCGAGAGCUGUCCCACCUCAAGGCCAUCAAAUACCUGGACGCCAUGUGCGUGUACACCUGGGCGGCGCUGCCUGUGGUCAUCUCCAUCCUCACCUUCGUGACGUACGUGAUGCUGGGACACCAGCUGACUGCAGCCAAGGUGUUCACCACGCUGGCUCUGGUGGGAAUGUUGAUCAUCCCGCUCAACGCUUUCCCCUGGGUCCUCAACGGCAUCCUGGAGGCCAAAGUGUCUCUGGACCGGAUCCAGCGCUUCUUCAAACUCACCAACCAGGAUCUGCAGGCGUACUACGCUCUGGUGUCUCCUGAAGACAGUCACACCUCGCUCCUGUUGAACCAGGGGACGUUUUCCUGGCAGAGACCCGGCAGUCCCGACCAGAACGAGGGAGGAGAAAGUGAAACUGCAGCAGCUAAAGGGAGUCUGCUGCUGCACGGUCUCAGUCUACACAUAACUAAGGGCUCUCUGGUGGUCGUGGUCGGGAAGGUCGGCUGUGGGAAGAGUUCCUUACUGGCUGCUCUGACUGGAGAACUCAACAGGCUGAGUGGAGUGGUUUACGUCGCGGACAGAGAGGUCGGCUUCGGCCUGGCCUCUCAGGAGCCGUGGAUCCAGCAUGCAUCAGUACGAGACAACAUCCUGUUUGGCAAAGACUACGAUCCCACCUUCUACCAGGCCGUGAUCGAGGCCUGUGCUCUCUCAGACGACCUCAACGUUUUGCCAAAUGGUGACAGGACAGAAGUGGGAGAGAACGGCGUUACUCUGAGUGGAGGACAGAAGGCUCGGCUGGCCCUCGCCAGAGCUGUUUACAUGGACAAAGACAUCUACCUCCUCGAUGAUCCGCUGGCAGCGGUCGAUACAGACGUGGCUGAACACCUCAUGAAGAAAUGCAUCAUGGAACUCCUCAGGGGAAAGACCAGAAUCCUUUGCACACACCGUAUCGAGUUUGUGGAUAAAGCUGACAUGGUGGUCCUCAUGGACAAUGGAACAAUAAUCAAAACAGGUACACCAGCAGAAAUCCUUCCUCUGGUGGAGGCAGUGCCGAAAAAACGAAAGAAUGAUUGCAACACAAAAGAGAAAGAUGGUGCGGAGCAGGACGAGGAUGAGCCAGGCUCCUCUCCUGAUCUGUGUGUGGAUGACGAUCCUGACCUGUCGGGGGCGGAGCAGAAGCAGGUGGGCGGGCUGGCGUGGAGAGUUUACCAGACCUACUGGGUCGCUGUGGGCGGCGUGCUGGCCUCCUCCAUCUUGAUGUCUCUGCUCCUCAUGCAAGCCUCUAAGAACGUCUCCGACUGGUGGCUUUCCCACUGGAUCUCUGAGCUGAAGAACAACGGAUCCACCAGGUCGAAUGACUCUGUUACAGCUGCAUUCAGCUCUUCUCACCUGCUGCUCUUCUCACCUGGAGGAUUAAUGUGUCCUCUGCCUUCUGUGCAAACCUUCCCUCUGAGCAACAUGAGCUCUGAUGUCAAGUUUUACCUGAUGGUGUACGGCUCCAUCGCCGCGGCCAACACCGUCUUCACCGCGCUGCGAGCCUUCCUCUUCGCCUACGGAGCCAUCUGCGCCGCCACAGCCAUCCACAACAGACUUCUGGAUCGGGUCCUUAAGGCCACGGUGACCUUCUUCGACACCACCCCUCUGGGUCGCAUACUGAACCGUUUCUCCUCAGACGUGUACAGCGUGGACGACAGCCUGCCGUUCAUCCUGAACAUCCUGCUGGCCAACGUCUUCGGCCUGCUGGGGAUGCUGGUGGUGAUGAGCUACGGCCUCCCCUGGGUCCUGCUGCCCCUGCUGCCCCUGGCUCUGCUUUACCACCGCACGCAGCGCUUCUACCGACACACCUCCCGGGAGCUGAAGCGCCUGUGCAGCCUCACCCUGUCGCCCGUCUACUCGCACUUCUCCGAGACGCUGACCGGGCUGGGAACCAUCCGGGCCAGCGGCAGCUCUGCCAGGUUUGAGGAGGAGAGUGCUAAACGUCUGGAGCAGAACCAGCGCUGCCUGUUCCUUAGCAACGCCGCCAUGCAGUGGCUGGACAUCCGCCUGCAGCUGAUUGGCGUCGCUGUGGUGACGGGCCUCGGCGUGAUCGCUGUGGUCCAGCACCAGUUUCGUUCUGUUGAUCCAGGUCUGGUGGGUCUGUCCCUGUCCUACGCUCUGUCCAUCACAACCCUGCUGUCUGGACUCAUAUUCAGCUUCACCCAGACGGAGAUGCAGCUUGUGAGCGUGGAGCGGACCGAGGAGUACGCCACCGGCCUGCCCACCGAGCCUCAGCAGCAGAGCGCACAGCUGCCCCCCGCGUGGCCCGAGCAGGGCGGUUUGGAGUUUCGCGGCGUGGUUCUGGCGUACAGGGACGGUCUUCCCAACGCCCUGGACGGGGUGAGCCUGGUGGUGCGACCCGGGGAGAAGGUGGGCAUCGUGGGACGUACGGGCUCCGGCAAGUCCACCCUGUUCCUGGCCCUGUUCCGCAUGGUGGAGCUCAAGCAGGGGCAGAUCCUCCUGGACGGGCUGGAUAUCAGCUCGGUGGGCCUGGGUCAGCUCAGGUCCAGGUUGGCCAUCAUCCCUCAGGACCCCUUCCUGUUCAGCGGGACCAUCCGGGAGAAUCUGGACCCGUGUGGGCGACACCAAGACUGGCAGCUGCUGGACGUCCUGGACCAGUGUCACCUCAGCGCUGUGGUCGACAGGAUGGGUGGUCUGGAUGCUGAGGUUGGAGAGAGAGGAAAAUCCUUCUCUGUGGGACAGAGACAGCUGCUGUGUCUGGCCAGAGCUCUGCUGACCCAGGCCAAGGUCCUGUGUAUCGAUGAAGCCACAGCCAGCGUGGAUCAGAAAACGGAUCAACUGCUGCAACAGACCAUCAGAGAGAAGUUCCAGGACAAGACCGUCCUCACCAUCGCACACAGGAUCAACACCAUCAUGGACUGUGACAGGGUGUUGGUGAUGCAGGGUGGGAAGGUGGUGGAGUUUGACACCCCGGCCGCUCUCUGCCAGAGUGACCACUCCAUCUUCCAGAGGCUGGUUGGUGGGAGAGGAGAGUAAAAUAACUGAAACACAAAGAAAGUUGAAACUUUUCCAAAAAUCUGAAGAUAUAUUUUUAGAUUUUAUCCUGAAAAGGUUUUGCUGAGAGCUCACUUUCAGCUCUGUCCUGCUUCACACACAUUACAUCAAACAAAAAAUGCAGUAUUUUCCUUUUAUAGGAAAAUGUUUUUUGAUUUUUUCCUGACAUUUAGUCUCUUUAAAUUGAUUGUUGUGCUCAGAAAGUUUGUUCUAGGUCAAAUAAAAAUCUUCAGAAUCAUAACUGGAAAGUUGCACACUCAUAACUCCAAUUUGAUCGUUUAUUCCACCUUAUAAAGAUCGAUAAAUCUGUGAAUUGUCUUUUCAUGUUAUAUAUAUUUAUUCUUUAAGAAGGGGACGUCAAUUAACAUGAGAACUUGGGUUCAUCGUGUAAACGUGUUGACAAAAGCCAUCGUUCAGCUGAAACUUCGAUCUUCAUACGUUGAAAUAAAUGAUUGUUUUGAAGUGGAGUGUGUGGCUUUCCCACUCUCUCUGAUAUCUGCCUCUGAGUAUUAUAGCUUUGCUUUCUCCCUCAGUUUUUCUUGGUGCAAAAAUCUAGAUUUUAUGCCUCCACGCCGGCAGCAGCUGUAGCCACAGGCAUCAUGUUUUCAGGUUGACUGUCCAUCUCAGUAAGACCUUGAAGGAAUUUCUACAGAUUUGGCACAAACUUUCACUAGGACUCAAGGACUGAACUGCUUGAUUGCGCUGCAUUUGCACCAUAUACUGGCAAAUUAACAAGUUGCCUUGCAAAGAUUUGUUCUAAUUUAUUACUACAAGCAGGUAAUUUAAUGAGUCUAUUGUCAUCUGUUCUUGUUAAUUCAGUAGUUUGUGUUGGGUUGUUUCAUAAGAUCUUAUAAUUUUUCUGUGGUGGCUUUAGGGGAACAGUCAGUGAACUCAUCCUUGAAUGUUUUCUAUAAGGUGCUUGUAAACAGUGGGAGAAAAUGUUGCUCCCUGUCUUGAGAUUUGUAGAACGCUCUUCACUAAAUGUCAGACUGUGGAAAUAAGUUACUUCUGCUAAACAUUCGAUUUAUGCUGAAAGAAAUAUCAGCAUGCAGAUAAAUCAGAUGCCAGAUUUCAGUGCAGGUUCAGUAGCCUGAAGCAGUCUGACAUUACAGUCUAAUCCUUAUCUGAAUGAGUGAUCUUUAUGUCAGUAAUCUUUAAUCUGAUUCUUCAAACUGUGGUCACUAUGCAGUCUCUUCCUGUUAUAUGGUCACAUAGUUUUUUUUCUUGUCAAGUGAGAUUUAAUUCAAGAUCUAACUUUAAUAAAAAUGUUGUAGUUUACACUUUUGCAGGUUAAAAUGAUAUUCAUCCAUCCACCUGGAGCAACAUGGAUUUAGGGCACAGUUACCUGUAGAUCUGUUAUCGCUACCUCAGCUCUGAGGCCAGCUACUGAAUAUUGUUAUAAACGCAAACAUUAGUCUCGGACAUUAGGCUGUAUUUCAAAAAGUAAUGACAUACAGUAUGUUUUCAUGUUCCUCAGAGGAGCUGUUUUGGUCCCCUGCUUUUUAUCUAUACAUGUGUUUUUUGAGCGAUGUCCUCAGAGGAUAUGAUGAUAAUUUCUGUAUUUGUGUGUGUAUCUACGCUGAUGAUAUACUAUUCUACAUUUCUGUUGAUACAAAUGAUGCAGUGCUUGAACUCGUGGGAAUCAGGCAGAAUAUCAUCUUACAUUUUGUUUUAUGAACAAUGUGAUCAAACAAGCUUGUUUAGUUCGAUGUAUCACCAAUGUGCAGCAAGUUACAACCCUGCAAAGAUGCUGAAAAGCCUUUAAUCCAAGACAUUUGCUUGAAUAUGAAACUCUUAUUUGUUUAAGACCAACCUACAUUAUAGAUUCACUACAUAUAUCUUCACCUCUGCUCCCAUAAAAGAAAGCUGGGGGUGGAGCUUUAAUCAGCUGUGACCUUGGGAACAUUUUACCAAAAGACAACAAAAGCAUUUUAGCUGUCAGCUUAGCAUUCAAUCAGCAUCACUUUAUUUUUCUAUUUUAAGCAGGCUUUUUCUUUUCUUUUUAAAUCUGUAUUUGUGAUAUCCUGUUUUGCUUGAAUGUUUUAUUUUCCUUGUGUGAACUGUACAAUCUGAGACUGUAAUUAUUUUUGCCUGACUUUAAUUUUUUAAUGAAAAGCACAUUAGCUGCACUGUGAGACUUUUGAAUUUCCUGGUUAAUUUUCUAACCUUGAUGUUAUCUUUGCUACUUUUACUUUUUUAACCAAACAGACUAUUUUUAGAAUUAAUGAGUUGUCUUCUCUGUUGAUUAUCUCCUCCGUCACUCAGCAGUGAGUCAUGAAGAGGAUUCACUCUCAGUGAAGGUGGAGAUUGAAACCUUGAAACCAGCCUCUGAUGUGUUUGACCUCUCUCAGCUCUUUUUAUAUAAACUGUGCAUCUGUUACAAACUGUUUUUCCAAACUGGUGUCAACAUCAAAAGAUACAAAGGUCUGUGAAAUCACA